UUGGUUGGUGGUUGUACAGAUGGAUGGAGGAGAAGUUGAAUUUAAUAUAAUAGGUAGGAGAAAACACGGAGAUAUGAUCCUUAGGACGGCGACGGGGGCGGAGGAUAGCCGGACGGCGGCGGCGGAGCUCCGCGUCCCGGCGGAGGUGGACUGGAAGAUGCUGGACAAGUCGAGGUUUUUCGUCCUCGGGGCGGCGUUGUUCUCCGGCGUGUCGGCAGCCCUGUACCCGGUAGUGGUGCUGAAGACCAGGCUCCAGGUGACGCACCCGCCGCCGCCGUGUCUCCGGGCGGCGGCUGCAAUCCUCCGGCACGAGGGGCUCCAGGGAUUCUACAAGGGGUUCGCGACGUCGCUGACCGGGACCAUCCCCGCCCGGGCGCUAUACAUGACCGCGCUGGAGGUGACCAAGAGUGCCAUCGGCACCGCCACGGUCCAGUUCGGGGUCCCCGAGCCGGCGGCGUCGGCGGCCGCCUCGGCGGCCGCAGGGCUCAGCGCGGCGGUGGCAGCCCAGGUGGUCUGGACCCCGAUCGACGUCGUCAGCCAGCGCCUCAUGGUCCAGGACAGCGGCGCCGUCGCGAGGUACCUCGGCGGCGUGGACGCCUUCAGGAAGAUCCUCCGAUCGGACGGCCUCCGCGGCCUCUACCGGGGCUUCGGCAUGUCGAUCCUCACCUAUGCCCCUUCCAAUGCCGUCUGGUGGGCGUCCUACUCCGUCUCCCAACGGCUUAUCUGGGGCGGGCUCAGCCGCCUCUCCGCGGCGGGGGGCGGCGGCGGAAGAGGGUUGAGGCCGGACUACGGGACGGUGGUGGCGGUGCAGGGGGUGAGUGCAGCGGCAGCGGGGGGAGCGGCGGCGGUGGUGACGAUGCCGCUGGACACGAUAAAGACGAGGUUGCAGGUGAUGGACGGCGGGGAUGGGGGGAGGGCGACGGUAGGAGCCACGGUGAAGAGGUUACUGAGGGAAGGGGGGUGGGGGGCGUGCUACAGAGGGCUGGGGCCGAGAUGGGCGUCGAUGUCGGUGUCGGCGACCACCAUGAUCACCACGUACGAGUUCCUGAAGCGGCUCUCAGCCAAGGAAGGAUCCAUUUGAGAGGUAUGGAAACGUAGGGGGAAAAAAAGAAAGAGAGAUUUUUAACUUAUAUUGGUUUUUUUUUUCUCUCUCUCUCUCUCUCUCUCUCUCUCUCUCUCUUUUUCAGGGUGGGGAAAAAAUAUCACGGUUGUGAUUCCACUAGAUAAUAUUUCAAUGAAAUCUCGUCCAAUGUAUGCUUUCUCUUAA